GGCACAAGCCAUUUUGUAGCCUUAUCUAAUACUACUCUUCUGCAAGAUUAUAAAUUCAAGAAUUCUUUGACAAAAGGAUUGUUUGUGAAGCAAAUGAUGAAUGGAGAAGGUACGAUGAAGAAUUUGGAAGAAGAAUCGAUUGACUGGAGAGGAAGACCCUCCAAGUCUAACAAACAUGGUGGCAUGUCAGCUGCUGUUUUUGUUCUUGGGUUACAGGCAUUUGAGAUGAUGGCAAUUGCUGCUGUUGGGAACAAUCUCAUAACCUACGUUUUCAAUGACAUGCACUAUCCCUUAUCCAAGGCUGCCAAUAUUGUCACAAACUUCGUCGGAACCGUUUUUCUGCUCUCCCUCCUUGGUGGCUUCCUUUCUGAUUCUUAUCUUGGGAGUUUUGCCACUAUGCUCAUCUUUGGAUUCGUCGAGCUUUCAGGUUUUAUAUUACUCUCGGUGCAAGCUCACUUUCCACAACUGAAGCCACCUAAGUGCAAUAUGCUAUCAUCAAGCGCAUCAGCUGAGUGCGCGGAAGCAAAGGGCUACAAGGCUUUAAUAUUCUUCGUGGCCUUAUAUUUGGUAGCUUUAGGAAGUGGAUGUUUGAAACCGAACAUAAUCUCACUUGGAGCUGAUCAAUUCACAAAACAGGACUCCAAGCAGUCCAGAAAGCUUUCCUCAUACUUCAAUUGUGCCUAUUUUGCCUUCUGCAUGGGCGAGCUUAUUGCCCUUACGGUCCUCGUUUGGGUUCAGACACAUUCGGGCAUGGACGUUGGUUUUGGAGUCUCCGCGGCUGCCAUGACUGUCGGACUCAUUUGCCUCGUAUCAGGAACUUCUCUUUACAGAAACAAUAGGCCUCGAGGAAGCAUUUUCACACCAAUUGCACAAGUUUUUGUAGCUGCAAUCACAAAGAGAAAGCAGGUAUGCCCUUCCAAUGCGGAUUUGCUCCAUGGAAGCAAAACCAUCGUGCUCCAACGCGUUUCUGCCUCAUCUCCAGCCACCAGCACUCUUCUGCAUACAGAAAAGUUCAGGUUCUUAGACAAGGCCUGCAUCAAAACUGAAGAUGGAAAUGAGAUGAAGGAAAGUCCGUGGAAAUUAUGCACCGUGUCACAAGUUGAACAAGUGAAGAUACUUAUUUCAGUUGUUCCGAUAUUUGCCUGCACCAUCAUCUUCAACACGAUUCUGGCUCAACUGCAGACAUUCUCAGUCCAACAAGGAAGUACCAUGAACAAACGUCUCACCAAAAACUUCCAAAUCCCCCCUGCAUCUCUUCAAGCCAUUCCGUAUAUUAUGCUCAUCUUUCUUGUGCCUCUUUAUGAGACUGUUUUUGUUCCAAUGGCACGACGAAUAACAGGAAGAGACUCUGGAAUAACUUCUCUACAGAGAGUUGGGAUCGGACUAUUUAUAGCCACUUUCUCAAUGGUCUCAGCUGCAAUAGUAGAGAACAAGAGACGAAAAUCUGCAUUGAUGAAUGAAACUCUAACCAUCUUUUGGAUUGCCCCACAGUUUCUUAUUUUCGGUUUAUCUGAGAUGUUCACAGCAGUUGGCCUCAUUGAGUUCUUCUACAGCCAGUCUUUGGAAGGAAUGCAAUCAUUUCUAACAGCCAUGACAUACUGCUCGUACUCAUUCGGGUUCUAUUUGAGCUCUCUUUUAGUCUCCUUGGUGAAUAAGAUAACGUCAGGCUCCUCUGGUGGUGGAUGGCUCAGUGGCAAUGAUCUUAACACAGAUAAGUUGGACCAUUUCUACUGGCUUCUAGCUGCUCUGAGCUUCGUAAACUUCUUCAACUAUCUGUUCUGGUCGCGAUGGUACUCCUACAAUCCGUCGUUGUCCCUCACCAGUCCUCCCAAUCAACCUUAUGCAGUACAAGAAUCCAGUAAGAACUGUAUCGAAACAAAACUGGCUAAUUUACCAUGAAAUACAUUUUUAUGAUCAUCAUCUUCGUCGUCGUCAUCAUCACCAGAUCUAGUCUUUCCACGCAUGUUGGAAUUCGAGUUUGUUUAAGGAAAAAGAAAUACUGGAAUCAUGAUCAUGAUAGCAUAUUAGCAUUAGAGUAUUCAUGAACCUCUAGCACCUUUAAGCUAAGUUCUUAACUUUAUUAAUGUAAUAUUGUGAUGCCUAUGUCUACUUUGGUUAAGUUUUAAGAUUCCCUAGUGUCUGAUCUUUGGUCUUAGAAUCUGUAUGUACAAGAAUGUUAGGUCUAAUUCCAUGAAAGACUUUCUCUGGA